CUAAAAUUUAACCUUACUUUUUCAUACAUUUCAGCACAGAACAUAAGCAUUUCAGUUUUUCUAUUUAUUUCAUAAUUAUUGGAAAAGAAAAUGGACGAUACAGCGAUGUUUGAGCCUGAUAUGCUCGGGAAGGAUGAUACACUUCCUCAGACGGUUACUUUACCGCAAUUCACGGCAGCCAGAGGUAAAGAAGUUCAAAUUAUGAAAAAAACACUGGGUUCCAGCAUGAUUUACACUAACAAAUUGGCUUUUCAAAAGCUUCCAAGGUAUAUGAGACGAAGAGCUAUGUCUCAUAACGUAAAAAGACUACCUAGAAGACUGAGGGAAAUACAUAAGAAUCAAAUAACCAAAUCAGGAUUGCCGCAAAAAACUAAAAGACCUUCUCGGAAGUAUGUUCGAAGACCUUAUAACUUGAACAGUGAUUAUAUGAGAAGAAGGAGGAGGGUGUAUUGGUUGGAUACUCAUAUUUGGCAUGCUAAGAGAUUUUUCAUGACUGAAAAAUGGGGGUGUAAAAUACCAUUUAAGCCAUGUGAUAGAUCUUUUAAAGCUUGCUAUAGAGCCACAAGAAAUCAUUGUUUGCUUCAGGAUAUCUCAUAUUAUAAAUGUAUUGAGUUAAAGGGUGAUUACAGUGGUAUAGUUGAAAAAUUUAAGAGGCUUAUAAAUUCCAAAAAUGGAUUAACUAUAGGUGCUAAAACAUAUGAGAGUGGUAAGAGAGAAGGUACAAUAUAUUUAUACAAAUUUGGCUCCAACAAUGAAUGUAUUGGUAAAGUGAAUUUCUUAUGGAAACCAAUAGAGGUUAAACAUAAAAGAACAUUGUGGUUGUGGUUACACCCUGCACUCUACUCCAAAGCAUUAGAAACAAUUGUUCUUUGUUUUGACUUAAAAACUUGCUUGGAUAUAGAUGCUGAGAAUUUAACUGAAAUGUACUUUAAUGAUGAGUUUGAGUUAACUGAUAUCACUAGUGAGUUAUCUAGGUUUAGGCUUACAGGUCCUUUAGCUACAGCUGUCUUACAAAAAUGCUUUGUCCCCUUUGAAGAAACCAUAGAUGAAUGUAUAGAUUGGAUUGGUGAUUAUAAGGAGAAACAUGAAUUUGAUUUUAGUAAUAAUUUGGAAGUUUGGAAUGAUCUUAGUCAUGUGUCAACAUUUUCACAAAUACCACCUCAUAUAGUUUUAUCUUUAAUAAUAAGAGAUCCCAGAUUUAAUUUACCUAAAACUCGAACCAAGGCAUUACCAGGGUAUGAAAAUUUCCCUGAAUUCCAUUAUGAUAACUCCAAAGAUAUUAACAAAUCACCCCUUUGGAGUAACACUGUUAGAGCUGCAGUUAAACAUGCUAAAAUUACAAAUCACAAAGUAAUAGAGUUGAGACAAGACAUUCUAGUGCCUGGUACAGAUUUAGAGAGUAAAGGACUGCCAAUACCCAUUUUAUUAAUUCAGAGACCUGGUUGUAAAAACAUAGACACACCUGGUUAUGGAAGUGGUUGGGAUGUUAUUCUUCCAGGGGGCUGGGCACAGCCAACCUGGAUAAGUCUGAUAAUGUUUGGAGCAAGGUCAGGUGGGCUACAAGAAACCAAUACCAUAACAUUUGAAAUGGGUCAAAAUGAUAGUUUGGAACCUGACACUGAAGCAGGUGCCCGAGAAGAAGCAGAUGUAUCAGAAAAAUGCAGAGAGGUUUAUUUCAGGAAACCACCAAAUAAAAGAAUUAACUUUAAUAAGUUUAAUAUUUCUAGUCCUUUGUGUUGCAAUUGGAAGCUUUUGUUAAGUGAGUGGCAGAGUAAAAAUGUUGAACAUUUUUUUGUAUUAAGGGAUAAAAGUAUUUUAAAAAAUAUACAGGAUUUACUUACCUCGAAAACUUCAACAAAUAUGCUUGGUCAAUGCUCUCAAAAUUGUUUGAUACCUGUUAAAAUAACCGUUACAAAGGGGCAACUUAAAAAGUUUGCCAUCAUUUGUUUGCCAUUAGACAAUGACUUCAAAAAAGAACCAAAAGAGUCCAAGACUAUUGAUGUUUUGCAACAAAAAAGAAAAGACCUCAGAAAGGAACACAAACAGUUACUGAAAAGGCUCAGGAAGAGAAGGAUUAGAGCUAAAGAAAAUGGAAAGGUAAUUCAUAUAGAUAAAGAUAUGUUAUUAAAUUACACCAAAGAAAUGAGAUCACUCUGGUUACCAGAGCCAAGAACAAUAAGAAAAUCCUGUUCAAGGGAAGUAAUAGGAUUUGUAAAACAUGGAGAUUUUAGUUUGUCAUUGGGUAAAAGCUCUGCUGUUGGAUACAUUGUGAUAAGUGCCUUACAAAAUAUAUUAAAUCAAAAACAUAAAAACAAAUUAUUGUUAAGGAAUAACAAUAGUAUGCAAUAUAGACUGGGUGAAUUAAAAAUAAUAUGUGAUUGAAUAAAUUUAUUAUUAUUAAUAAUUUAUCGUCUUGGACUUUACAGGUUUUAUUUACUGAACUUCAGAUUUUUACAAUUAUUGUUAAUUUGAAACUUACAACAAUCGCUACGAUUUUUGAUAUUUACAUACGAAAUUUAACAAUAACAACAGAUAUUUACUUAAUAAUACUCAUCAAUUAAUUUAGCACCACUUCUGCAAGAAUUUUUUGUGAAAUUCGGCGAAUUUGUUUAACAUUUCUUUUAAUUUUUCUGGUUGUGGCAGAAUGGUUGUUCUGAAGUGAUAUGUGCCAGGUUGCUGUCCGAAACCGGAACCAGGUACGAUGCAAAUACCGGUGUUUUCCAAAAGUUCGAAGGCGUAGAAGGCGUCUGGAGCCUUGUUUUGUUUCUUGGCUUCUUCGAUCGCUUUCGGGGGCAGUUUCAUGUUAGGGAAGGCAUACAUGGCGCCUUGUACAGUGUUACAGCUAAAACCUUCCAUUGAGUUGAAGGCAUCUGCUACCAUUUUAGCUCUCAACU